UCCUUGGUUUAAUCCUCGGUAGGUGGGGGGAGCGCACAAAGACUGUAGGGGUAAAAAAAAAGGAAAGGAAGUUGACACAAGUAUACGUCAGAUGUAAAUACUAUAAACAAGUGCGAGAACACAGUACAAGUAUGGGGAACACGGAUACAAAACUUAAUUUUCGCAAAGCUGUUGUACAACUUACCUCCAAAACACAGCCAAUUGACGCAGGAGAUGACAGUUUUUGGGAUCAGUUUUGGUCGGAAAAUGUGACAAACGUGCAGGAUGUGUUUACAUUAGUUCCUGCACCAGAAAUUCGAGCUUUGCGCGAAGAAGCGCCAUCGAAUUUGGCGACACUAUGUUAUAAAGCGGUUGAGAAAUUGGUUAAAGCCGUGGAUAACAGCUGUCGUACACAGCAUGAACAACAAACUGUUCUCAAUUGUGUCCGUCUUCUGACACGUGUACUGCCUUAUAUAUUUGAAGACCCUGACUGGCGUGGAUUCUUUUGGUCUAGUUUGCCUGGGCAGGCUCAAGGGGAAGAGGAAGACCAGGCUAUGCCACUGGCGCAGUCCUUAAUAAGUGCGAUCUGUGAUCUGCUGUUUUGCCCUGAUUUUACUGUGGCCUCCAAUAGAAAGUCGGGUCCGGACAAAGCUGAGGACUUACAGGCAAUUGAUAGUUGUGAAUAUAUUUGGGAAGCAGGUGUAGGUUUUGCUCAGUCACCUCCACAUCAUCCUCAUUUAGAAGCAAACAGGACUGAACUUUUGAAACUGCUUUUAACUUGCUUCAGUGAAACUAUGUACCAGCCACCAGUUGGGAACUCCAAUCUUGUGUACACAAUUAUUCGCAAGAGGCAAGUUUUUCCAUGCAUUGGCCAAUCUUCCAUCAGAUUAUGGGACUAUUUCAAAGGUCCCUCAGUAAAAGAACUCGCCGUCACCUACCGAGCACAGUCAUCUGCCGAGAAUGUAAAGGACCUUCCUAGUAUGGAGGGAUCGCAUCCAGCAUUGCCUGCUGAACCUGGAACACUUAAGGCAACGCUUCCAGACACACCAGGUAUUGAUAAAAUGACUGAGAAAGAAUCCGCUCACCCAUCAGUACAACAACUGUGUGACUUAAGUGCUGCAGCAGCUGUUAAUGGAAUUAUGCCAAAUGAGCCUCUGCAGACUGCAGGGUCUCAGCCAGCUAGCCAGCAGGGAGGUACCACUGAUAGUGUGAGACAGGUAGAUGGUGAGGAGCAGCCACCACGACCAAAAAGUGUGCCAGCAACACCCAGUUCUCCCACAGCUUCAGUGCAUUCUGCAACUAUGUCGCACUCCAUGCGUAAAAUAUCAGAUUCAUCAGUGUCAAAUGUGAGUUUACAGAGGUCUGCCUCUCAGCGACAAAGCAUCCGGCUGACAGAAGCACACUCUCUUGUCCAGGGGAGUGUUGGAGGUCAGUAACCCACAGCUGAGUGGGUAAAUUCUUGGAAGUGUAAACUUCCAUUGCAAACAAUAAUGAGGCUGCUUCAAGUCUUGGUACCUCAGGUUGAGAAGAUAUGUAUUGACAAGGGACUGACAGAUGAAAGUGAGAUCCUAAAAUUUCUGCAGCAUGGCACCCUGGUAGGCCUACUUCCAGUUCCACAUCCAAUUCUUAUUCGAAAAUAUCAAGCAAACACUGGAACUACUACAUGGUUUCGUACUUAUAUGUGGGGUGUUAUUUAUCUACGGAAUGUGGAUCCACCCAAUAUAGGUUAUGACACAGAUGUUAAAUUAUUUGAAAUUCAGGCGAGUUUAAGUUUCCACAUUUAUUUUGAUAUACCUGAUAAUUAUAACCAAAAAAAGGCUGAAUAUUUCAAAUUAAAGUUUGUAGAACAGAAGAUAAUUGAAAUAUUUCUAUUUGAUAGUAGAUACAAGAAGAAUAUUUAUUUAUUAUGAAAAAUAAGAAUUGUCUGUAAUACACAGAGCUGAACUAUUAAUUUGUGCCACUGUACAGGUGCAGGUACAGUGAACUAUUUUUGAGAGUUACCGUUCAUUGAUGCCACUGUUAUCACAGAUGUUUUUGCCACAUGUCUUGUUGAAAUCUUUGAUACAUUUGCGUUGUACUCAUUUAUAUUUUCCCCACUGGAUUGUCAUACUUUUUUCACUACUUCACAAUGCACUGCAAGAGUAUUGUUUCUAUACUUAAUGCUUUUUGAAGAAAUUGUACACAUAUGACAUAAUUAGUUCUGUAACAUCUCAAAAUAUUAAUUUAAUGCUUCUUAUAUUAGUAUUUAUUUAUUUUUACUUGUAUCACUGCCAUGUAUCAUCUUGAUUUGCAAAAGAGGGGGCAAGGGGAAACCAUAGCACAGUAUACUCGAUAUUGUUGGUGCUGAAGAGUGCCAAAUGAUAGUGCAGUCCUUGGUUACGUUGCAUAUCAAAGUGCUUUAUACUAUUAUUGGUCUUUCCUCUGUCUGUUGUUCUGUAUUGACAGUGAUAUCUAUGUGUUAAGAUGUCCAUUUUAUUAAUGUGGUAUGUAACAGUUUACGUAAGGUAUUUAUGAUACACCUGCAUUUCAUAAGUAGUGAGUAUCUAGUCAAAAAAUGUUAUGGAAGACCCUAUGGUUUGGAGUCAAACAUCAGGGAUUCUUCUGUAAGCUUAUGGCAAUGAGAAUUCAUUGAUAAUUUUCAUACAUCAUUUACAUUAGGCAUAGCUUAAUUACUCAAUGAGAGAGACAGUUUUCAGUGGUUGUAUUGUAUGUACCUGCCUUUUAUAGUUAGUUGACAGCAGUAUAUUGACAUUUCUGUCGGCAUCUGUUGCAGAGAACACGUCUGUAUAAUGCUGUACUAAGAUGUUAUUCAGUGACACAUCCUGUCAAUAAUAAUUUAUAAAGUUCCUAAGCAAAUAUUUAUUUUGUGUUAAAUAUAACCAAUUUGUUUGUCAUUCAGACAGUAGUGUAUAUUUUAUGAUUCACCUGAGAACCUUACUUAGUUUUAUAAAUAAAAACUGGCAUCACAAAAAUACGCUAUUCAGUUCCUGAUGUAUGAAUAUAAGUAUGUAAAAUUGUGCAGGCUUCAAGUUUCCGUAGUAAUAGAAUACAGAAUGAUCAAGUGAAAGCCAAGAAGAAAAGUAGAAAAUGACAUCAGUUCAGGUUUAGCAAAUAGUUCAGUGUUGUGUGGUUAUUCAUUGCGUAUUAUUAUGAUGAUAUCAGAAGAGUGCAGAAUUGUGUGUGUAAUCAAACAGAAUGUAUAAAUAUAUUUAGAGAGAAUUGGUGUAGCUGGAGUUGAGGCUAUUCCAGGAAUAGCUCCUAAUUAUACUUAAACUCCAUGCAUUUUAGUUUUCUCCUGUAAAGCCAUAAAUGCUAACUCUUUACUUUCUCCAUUCUUUGUCUGUGUGUUAAUUCAGAAUCUUCUUAACAUUUUGCAGAAUAUCACUUACCUAUAUCCUCCAUAUUCUGCGUACUUGUAUUCAUCAUAAUUUAUUAAUGUUCUUUCUUUCACAUUUUACUUCGAUUACUAAUAAGUUGGGGGUGACCAUCAGAGACACUGUAGGCAGAGGUUGCCAUUAUUUUUUAACAGAGUAUGUUCUGUGGACCUGGUCAAUUAUGCAUACUCUCACUGUGACAGUGCUGGUUUUAAUUGGUAUUAUUCUCAAAGGUGGUACUUUAUUUUCACAUUACUUCCAUGGUUUUACUAUUCUUCAAGAUUGUUUCAGUUUGUAUCAUCAUGUCAGUAAUUUAUUCUAUAUUUUUAUGUCAGCCCCUACCAGUGCAGUUCAGGAUCUCAUUUCCCUGUCUUUCGUGUGAUUUAAAACAUAAUCAAACUGUUCCUUAAUGUUUCCUGUAAAUUGUUAUAUACUCAAUACUCUAUCAAGUUUUUAAAUGCUCUCCCAUCUUAAAUAUAGCAGCUAUGGGUGCUGAUGUACUCUUCUCUCAUUUAUUGAUUUUUCAUUUCAAUUUUUCCCAGUUCUCACUGUGUGACAUGUCCUGCCGAGUUAGCUAGUCAAUGCUCUUACUAGCUGUUUGACCUGUUGCAUACCUUCUCGCCAACAAUUUUUAUUGACAUCUCAGGAAUGAGUCUUUUGCCAUGAUUUCUAUUUCUAUAUAGUACUGUUUGUUUGUUCUGGUGUAGGAUUUUGAGAAAUAUAUCCUUAAUUUUAACAUAUUUUCUACCUUUCGCUUUCUUUCAUCCAGAGCCUCCAUGGCAAAUAAACUAUGGUACUGAAAGUUGCAGACUCUGUCAGUUUUUUACAAUCUACGGUAACGAAUGUAUUGUGGUAGCCAUUACAAUUCACUCUUUUAAUGUAGGUAUGUGGCAGAAAUUGACUGUAUUGGAAAAUGUAACAGAAAAAAGUAAAAUAAAGUAGAAAUGUUUGUUUAAUGCAAUUGCUGAGUGAGCUAUUUCAUUUUUAUGUAACUCUGGUAGCCUGUGGAUUGUUUAUGUACACAAAGUAUAUGAUAUUCUGAUUUGUAAUUGCUAAUUUGUAACUCAAAGACAGUAUUGACAGAGUUCUGAUAGUGGAUUCAGUUUGUUUCUAUCAACUAUACUAAUAAAGAAGACAAUGCUGCUAAGGUAUCAGUGUGCAGCCUUCUAGACAAAACCACUGAGGAUAAGAAACUAAAUCUUUUGAAAAAAAUACAUGUUAUGAAUUAAAAUGAAGACACUCAGACUAAAGAAAUGUGCAAUUCCAUGUUAUUAUAAGUUGAUUUAUUCUUAUAACAAGGUUAACGUCACAAAGUCAAAACAAUAUUGGAUACCAGUGCUAUGGUUUUAUUAACGUAAAUAAUUUGUUCAAGUAGACUUCCAUUCUUCCUACAAAAAUAUUUUGCUAAUUUGCACCUAGCUGUGCAAUCAAAGGUAGUAAAUUCAGGAAUGUAAAAUUUGGAACACACAAAAUGCACCCCAGAAAAGAUUUGUGCAAAACAUUUCAAAAUUAUUCUGCCGAUGAUAUGUUCCAAGGAAAAUACCAUCAAUGUCAUUCCUCUGCCCUCUCUCAUAAAAUGCUUAUUGUGAAAAGGCUGCUUCUGUGUACAUGUGAAUUUUAGAAUACUAAAUACAUACAUCAAUUUUAAAGAUUAACUCUGUACAUAUCACACUGUACAAACUUGAAGAUGCCUUUUAUUAAGCAUUUUUAAUAUAUAAUAUUAAACAACAGAUUUAUUGCUUCAUCUGUUAAAUUUUUAUUUACAAUGUGAAAUAUGUUACAGUGAUGGCAUGAUAAUUACUGUAUUACUAAAAAUGGAUAUCAUCUAGUGGAAAAAUCUGUUGACAGUGUUGUGUGUAGAAUUUGCUAUUAUGUAGCAUAUGUUUUCAAUGUUCUGUUAUUAAGUUUGUGCACUAUUAUAAUGUAAACUUAAUUUAUUAGAUUUGCUAGGCAGGUUACACAUAAUGGUGGACUAGAUUUUGUGCUUUGCUUUGUGUGUGUGUGUGUGUGUGUGUGUGUGUGUGUGUGUGUGUGUGUUUGUGUGUGUGUGUACGCGCGGUGCGCGCAUAUAAAUUUAAAUUUAUUCAAACCACUUCCUUGACAGCGUUGAUGUUUGUAUUAUGUUUCAACAGAUUCCUAAAGUUUUGAAGAUAUAUCAUUAUAUGCACCAGAUUAAAGACUAUUUAUUAUGUGUCAAGAGUUCACUCUUUUCUUGAUAUUUAUUUCCGAACAUCAUGCUACAUCAUAAUAUCAGGGUUAAAUGAUUGUUUUUCUCACCAUGUUGGGAGGUCUUAAAAUAAUAUCAAAUACAACUGAAUGUCUUAGGCACCUUUUGCAUCCCAGUCCCCCAUCGUUUACAUAUUUGUGUAGUGUGGCAUUACUGAAUUUUGGACAUCUGUUUCUUCAGUUGAAAAAUAAGUUAAAAAGGAUUCAAAAGCUCAGAUACCAGCAUAAUUCAGUUACAUAUGUAGCUUGUUUGUAUUUCUCAGUUGAAUUUGUAACAGAAUUAAUUGUUCUAGCUGGUAUUUCCUAACUUUGUUUUUGGCAGAUAAUUAAUAACUCGUCAGUUGAAACUGGAACAGAUGAGAAUUGGUCAAACACACAUGCACUGCAGAAAACUGUGACACUCAAACUUUUUCAUUUCUUGUGUGUAAUAGGUGAGGUAGAAGAACGAAGUCUGGAAAGAGAGCUAAAUGUUGCCCAACACCCAAAUUUAAUGGUACACAGACGAGAUCAAUAUUGUUCUAAGCAGAAAUUAAUCUGAAGGUUCAUUUGGGUGCCACUGUCCCUCUACUAUGCAUUAUCCUGGUGCUGGAUAUAUGUGCCCACCUUUACCAACCUUAGAAACAGUUUGCUGAGUCAGUCAUAGAAUUAAUUUCAAAUUAGGAUAGAAAACUAAUCACUUGUUAGGUUCAUAUUUUUGCAAUGAUUAACAUUCUGAUAAAUAUGAAAGGCCGUGUAUGUUGCCAUAGAAGAACUUAGAUGCCCUGAUAUUCAAACCUCCAAACCUUCAGGUUUAUUAUUCUGAAGGCUUAAUUCAAACUACUACCUAGCUAUUUAAUGUGUGGAUGCAUUGCUGUAAACAGUUGUCUAAAUGGAGUGAUAUUCUAUUUUGUUGGAAGGAUUGGCAGUAAACUGAUGUCCUAGCACAUUUAGUACCUUAUAUAUUAGUCCUUCAAUACUAGUCUCAGAAAUUAGAUGCUGUCUUGGAUUUAAUAUUCUUGCACCCCAAUAUCCAUCUUCUGUGUUCCCUGAUCCUAUAAGCAAUGAAUGUCAAAGGAAAUGUUGCUGAGAGACAUUCUACAGUACUGCUAUAAAGGAAAAUAAUAUCUGCAAAUGAAAGAUAAAGUGGACCAAAUAUUUAAAAAACAAUGAUGAGUUUAAUUCAGAGAAGACAAAAGAUGAUAACAAUUAAUUCAUAGAGUAAUUUGUUUUCUGCAGAGUGAUGUAGAGUAGUAUUACCAAACUAGCAUCACCUACAUACAGUCUGUUUCAAAAUCAACGUUCUUUGUUUACUAUAUUAUAUGUGUUUAAAGUGUACAUUCCACUUAUUUAUACUGAGUACUGAGCUUGGAUAAAAUGUAGCAAGGAGUUGUAUUAUAUCUUAAUUUUCUUAAAUGUGUUUGUCAUUCAUCUUGUACACUGCUGGAAAAAAUAAUGCUGCACUCUCAAGAACUGUUUCAGUUUAAAAAAAAGACUUUAGUAAGAGAUACAGCAGUGUUGUUAUUGUGGUUGGUUUAAUGCAGCUCUCUGUGUUACUCUAUCCUGGGCAAGCAUCAUCAUCUCUGCAUAACUACUUCAACCUAGAUCCAUUUGAACAAGCUUACUGUAGUCAAUCCUUUGCCUCCCCAUACAAGUGCCCCCACCCCCCCCCCCCCCCCCCCCCAUUUCCCACCAUUUACCAAAUUGAUAAUUCCUUGAUGUCCCAUGAUGUGUCCUAACAAAUGAUCCCUUCUUUUUAUCAAGCUGCACCAUAAAUUUCUUUUCUUCCCAAAUUUGGUUCAGUAACUCAUUUGUAAAAUAAGAUCAUUUAAUUCUGGUUUCAAAUAACUUCCAGGAAUUCAACCAGGUAACACUUUCAGCGACCGCCGAUAUUUUGGUGGGAGAACACCCCACCAUUUUCAAGGCAUCGCUGAAAGUGUUACCUGGCUGAAUUCCCGGAAGUUAUUUGAAAGUUGUAUACGCCAGGAGAAACUCUGGUCUCACAUAUAAUUCUGGUGUUUGGCAUUUCACAGUAUGCAAUAUCCCAACAGUCACAUAAAAAACAUCUUGCACCAGUGCUCUGCUUCAGCAGUGGUUUCAGAACUGACAUCCUAAUGGAUGUAGUAAACCUUAUUUUCUCUUCUCCCACACCCCCUUUUCUUUGCAACCAAAUGUGAUGCCGUUGCAUCUUGGGUAACUGCACUAGUACUGCUCAGCAGAUCUGUGCCGCACGAAUGCAAUCAUCAGUCCUAUAUAGGUGGGACUUAUUCAUACCCUGGCCACAGAGGCUGGCUUUGAAUUCUAGGGAAGCUGAGGUCAAAUUCCUCAGCAGCUAGCCAGAGUUAGGUUUUCUGUGGUUUCGCUGAAUCAAUUAAAUUGAAUGCAAAGAUGAUUUUUGCCAAGGUACUGUGCUGAAUUUCUUCCCCAUCCUGGCCCAGUAUGAGCUUAUGCUCCAUCUUUAAAGACAUUGGGUUGUUAAUAUCUUAAUAUUUCUUUCUUCAUUCGCGCAAUGUUACUCAUAAAAUACAUUUGUGCUGUAAAAUGCGUAUGGUAUGUUCCAUAGACCCAUGCUGAAAACAUUGAAAUAAUACUGAAGCAAUGUGAUCAGCAUAUCUGCACCCCUCAACAGGCCAGUUGAGCUACUGUAAUGCUCAUUGGGAAAUUUUAUUCAAAUAGGCUUAGGUCUGCAACAGAUGCACACUAGUGUUGUGAUGCCAUAUAUAGCUACAUCCUAACAUCUCUUCUGACUUGACUGUUAACUUCUAACAGCACAACAGUGACUGCCCCAACACAUUACUCUGUAGCACCACAACCUCUCUAAAUGCACAUAUUAACUAUACUCCACAGAACAUAGAAAUAAUUAGUGUAGAGAUAUUUUUCCAGCAGUGUACAGACAAAACAUCAGUAUCUAAUACUGUUCAUGUUGCGCCUUUAUAUUGUGUAAGUUUUGGAUAAAUUCCUUUUUGUCUUAAUUUCAGAGUUAUUUUAUGUAAGACUUUGAGUAAAUCAUACAUUGUUAAAUUUUGUUUUCUAUGUGCAAGUUUUACAGUAAAAUAUGCUUCCUAUUAAA